AGAAGCACCAGAGACAGAGCUCCACUUCGUUGUCUACGAAAGAUCAAAUAUGGAUAAAUUGACAUAUUAAAAGGCCCACCCCACUCCUCCCCCCUCCAUUAUUCUCCUCUGUUUCUUCCUCUCGCCUUCUCCGCCUCUUUUGAAGGAAGAACAGAGUCUCCCUUUUCGGCCCUGAAGGUCUGAAACUGUCAAACACACUAUUUUUCCUUUCAAAAUUUUAUAUUUCGCUUCCAUUCAAGAAGAAGAAAUCUUUCUAGUCAAACAAGAGAAGUUGGAUUCGUUACAAAUCUGUUCAUGUCUAGAAGUGGGUUUUGGCUUCGCGGUUAUUGAUUGUCGUUCGAACCUUGGUAGGUCUCUUUCAGUUUUUAUUACAUAGCCAUGGCGUCUUCUCUGAGGAAUGGUUUCUUUGUUCAUGGGUCGAAUCAGAUUGGAUUGAAAAAGAAUAAGGUUCUUGGGUUUUGUCCCACUAUGGGCAAUUUGCAGUUUAUAGAAUCGAAACCCUCAAAUCUUCCAGCUUUGAAGAACGAAUUUAAAGGAACACAGGUGUCUGUUGCAGAUCAGAUGGCUUUGGACGAUUGGACUUCCUCACGCACUUCAAAGUUCUCUGUCAAUGCAUCAGUCUGCGUCAGCCGAGCUAUGAGAUGGUGGGAGAAGACCCCUAAACCCAACAUGAUAGAGAUUAAAUCGGCGCAAGAACUUGUUGAUGCACUUUCAAAUGCGGGAGAUGGGCUUGUUAUUGUCGAUUUUUACUCCCCUGGUUGUGGAGGUUGCAAAGCCUUACAUCCCAAGCUAUGCCAGCUCGCUGAAUCAAACCCAAAUGCUUUGUUUCUCAAAGUCAAUUACCAAGAGCUCAAAACGGUGUGUCAAAGUCUCAAAAUCCAUGUCCUCCCCUUCUUCCGGUUCUACAGAGGAGCAGAGGGUCGUCUCUGUAGCUUCAGCUGCACCAACGCAACUAUCAAGAAAUUCAAGGAUGCAUUGGCAAAACAUGGGACUGAAAGAUGUAGUCUUGGGGUAGCUAAAGGUCUGGAUGAUUCUGAGCGAUUGACGUUGGCUUCCACUGGCCAAAUUUCGGUUGAUUUGCCUUUGAAGACCACUGGUGAGGAAACAGUGGAGGAUUUGGUACCAAAGCAGAAGAGCAUUUCAGUUGAUAAGAAGGAAGUCGUUGAAGAACGAAAUGCAGCAAUGGUGGGAUGAAGAACAGAAGCAGCAUCACCAAGCUUGACUUGCACAAAUUGUGGAAUAGAGCUACUCUACUUAUUUUAUGGGGUUUUUUUUUUUUUUUUCGGGUGGGAAAUGUAUAUAUAUAUAUAUAUAUAUAUUUAUAUAUAGGGAGAGGGUUAGGAAUGUUAGCACACUACUUAAGAAUUAGGUAUCUAUAAGUGGGCUUAAAGUUUUUUGGAUUAAGCCCACCGGCUUGGUUAAUCUUUCGAUCUUAAUGCCUUAUUAAGAUAUGAUCUGAUUAAAGAUCGAGUAUAUUGCAAAUCUAUCCCUUUAUCUUGC